AUGCUGCUGCUUGAUCCCGCCCUGCCGGCUGGUAUGACAGUUGACGAGCUGGCUUCACUGUCGCCUACCUUUUCAAAUGCAAAGGUGCUGCUGCAGCUCAACAAACCUCUCAAAACUUCUAACGCUGUCUCUGUGGUCAUCUUCCAUUCACAAGCUGACGCUGACAUUGACUCCACAGGUAUGCUCUAUGACGACACUAAAAUAUUGUUCUCCAAAUGUUACCUGACCACAGAGAAAGAAGUUCCGGGUCUAAUACCAAUGCAGACCAUGGCCUAUCUAACUGGCUUCCUGGGGUCUUUCGAAAUGUCUGAAGAGCUCCGAGCCAGAUUGCCCACUGCCAUCAUCGACAAGAUCACUGCGUUAGAGUUGUACCAAGAAGCCAACAUCGCUCUGCUCCACUUCAAAAGUCCACAGCACCUGACUGAUCUCCUCCAAGAGUCCAGAAAUGAAUUGAUGCUCGAUGGGAAUAAGUUGGCCAUAAGUCCAGUCUACUUGUUCUGGGACUUAAGUGCCAUCAUGAAGUUUUCUCAGAUCCCUACAAGAGAAAAGCCCAAAGAUAUUCUCACUGCCAAUCGCUUCGAGGACAAUGCCGCACUCCGCCAUUCACUGCGCUCUGUGGAGAAAUAUGCCCCCUGGGUGCGACAUAUCUUCAUUGUCACAAACGGGCAGAUUCCUUUCUGGCUGAACCUGGAGAACCCCCAAGUUUCAGUUGUCACACAUAAGGAAAUCUUCUUGAACCACAGCCACCUACCCACUUUUAGCUCACCAGCGAUAGAGAGCAACCUCCACCGCAUUCCAGGAAUCGCUCAGAAGUUCAUUUACCUCAACGAUGACGUGAUGUUUGGCAAAGACGUAUGGUUGGACGACUUCUACACUCCAUCGAAUGGGCAGAAAGUAAUCAGAAGAGACACAAUAGUCCGACUAUUGCAUUAAAAGUA